AUGCUCUCCAUCAGAACCGCCGCGCGCUCUGCGCCCCGCGCCCUCGGCCGCCUGGCCAGGCAAACCCCCGUCGCCCGCCCCAACACCCUCUUCAAGACUUCCUCCCCCCUGAGCGCCGCGCUCCGCACACAACGCGCCUCCGCCUUUUCCACAACCGUCUUCCGCCGUGCCGCCGAGUCGGAUGAGGAGCUCGCGGCAAAGCUCGAGAGCGAGCUUCAGUUUGAGGAGGAGGUCAAGCAGAACGAGCAGCUGCCCGCCAGCGUCAAGGACUUCCUUGACAACAGCCCCUUUGAGCUGCACGACACCCCCGGCAAGGAGGACGUCAAGCUGACGCGCACUUUUGGUGACGAGAAGAUCACCAUCACCUUCUCCAUCGCCGACCUCGCCAACUACGAUCCCGACAUGUACGAGCAGGACCGCGCCCUCGAGGAUGAGGACGACAUCGACGCCUCGGACAUCCAGAACGCCAACAAGCAGGCCAACGUGCCCGCCACGGGUGGCGCCCGCUCGGCGCAGGCCGAGGAGGAUCUCGAGGUCGAGGAGGAGGAGGACCUCGACGACGACGCCGCGCCCCCGACGCGCCUGUCCAUCGUCGUCGAGAAGCCCGGCCGCUCCCCCGGCGCCCUCAACAUCGACGCCGUCGACCAGGACGGCUCCAUCAUUGUCGAGAACAUGUUCUACUACGAGGACGCCGCCCUCGCCACGCCCACCACCCCCGAGGGCGCCCAGAAGAAGGCCGACGUCUACCCCGGCCCUCCCUUCGGCAGCCUCGACGAGGACCUGCAGAUCCUGAUGGAGCGCUACCUCGAGGAGCGCGGCGUCACCCAGGCGCUGGCCGUCUUCGCGCCCGACUACGUCGACGUCAAGGAGCAGAAGGAGUACGUGCGCUGGCUCAGCAACGUCAAGGGCUUCAUCAGCGCUUGA